AUGUUCGAGAAUAACCUUUCUCCUGUCCAUCAUGCCACCGAUGUGACUUGGAGUAAAUGGACUGCUUUGAUCACCCAAAGAGCCCGAAUAGGGAAACCUAAUCGUCCAGGUAUUGUGGAAGCAAUUACAAACUGGCCAGAAGGCACCCACUUUGGAAUGCCACCACAAGAAGUGGUGAGACGAGCUCAAGAAGCUCCACCAUAUGAUCAUCUACCAGAGACUGAGAAACAAUUUGCUCUUUUCACCGAUGGCUCCUGUCGUCUUGUAGGGAACCACCGGAAGUGGAAAGCUGCCGUGUGGAGUCCUACAGGACUGGUUGCACAAGCAGCUGAAGGAGAAGGUGAAUCAAGUCAGUUUGCAGAGGUAAAAGCCAUCCAGCUGGCUUUGGACAUUGCUGAGCGAGAGGGGUGGCCGAGACUCUACCUCUACACUGACUCGUGGAUGGCAGCAAAUGCCUUGUGGGGUUGGCUAAAACAGUGGCAGCAGAAUAACUGGCAGCGAAAGGGUAAACCUAUAUGGGUUGUUGACCUGUGGAAAGACAUUGCAGCUCGGAUAGAGAAACUGGAGGUAAAAGUGCGUCAUGUGGAUGCACACGUGCCUCUGAGUCGAGCCACUGAGGAACAUCGACACAACCAACGAGCAGAUGAGGCUGCCCAAGUGUUCCAAGUAGACUUAGACUGGGAACACAAGGGUGAGCUUUUUCUGGCUCGGUGGGCCCAUGAUGCUUCAGGUCAUCAGGGCAGAGAUGCAACAUACAAAUGGGCUCGUGACCGAGGGGUGGACUUAACCAUGGACACUAUUGCACAGGUGAUCCACGACUGUGAGACAUGUGCUGCAAUUAAGCAGGCAAAACGGUUGAAACCUUUGUGGUAUGAGGGGAGGUGGUCAAAGUACAGAUUUGGAGAGGCCUGGCAAAUUGACUACAUCACACUUCCUCAGAGCCGCCAGGGUAAGCGCUAUGUGCUUACAAUGGUGGAAACAAGUACAGGAUGGUUGGAGACAUAUCCUGUGCCUCAUGCCACAGCCAGGAAUACUAUUCUGGGUCUCGAGAUGCAAAUUUUGUGGAGACAUGGUACUCCAGAGAGAAUUGAGUCAGACAAUGGGACUCAUUUCAAAAACAGUCUUGUCACUGACUGGGCUAAAGAGCAUGGUAUUGAAUGGAUCUACCAUAUCCCAUACUAUGCACAGGCCUCAGGGAAAGUUGAAAGGUACAAUGGUCUGUUGAAGGCUACCCUAAAGGCAAUGGGUGGUGGAACUUUCAAAAACUGGGAUAAAAAUUUGGCAAAGGCCACCUAGUUAGUUAAUACCAGGGGAUUCAUCAAUCGGGCUGGUCCUGCCCAGUCAGACCUUUUGCAUACUACAGAUGGGGAUAAAGUCCCUGUGGUAUGUGAAAGAAACCUGCUGGGUAAAAGUGUUUGGGUCUAUCCUGCUUCAGGCAAAGGUAAACCUGUCAGGGGUCUUGCUUUUGCUCAGGGACCUGGACAUACCUGGUGUGUGAUGAUGGAGGAUGGUGAAGUACAAUAUGUACCUCAAGGUAAUCUGACUUUGGGAGAAAAUCCUUAAUUUGACAGCUGGUAAAGUAUAGAGCCUGUAUGUAAUAUAUGGUAUGGAAUAAGGGGUGGAAUGUCCUGGUUUGAGCCAGGAUUAAGCCAAUUUUUCUUUUCACUGAUUUUUUUUUUCCUUCAGUAAGCUUUCUUUUAACUAGCAACUGUGUGUUCUGCUAGGCUGAUAAGACAGUGGAAUGUUUUUCUAACUACUGAGGUUUCAAGGUCACAUCUUCACUCUGCCGGCU